AGUACCUUCCUCAUAGCCUAUGCUCUUUCCAUUCUGGCGAGCACUUUAUCCACCCAUCAUGAGAGCUACACUCCAAGUUGCUCUCCUGCUAGCUUGCUGCGUUUGGGCCACAAUCGAUCAGGCUCAAAGUAGCAAUCAGGGUAACAGCAGUCACAGCAAUCCAGGAGAAAUAACCGGCAACAAUGGAGCUGGAAAGAUCGAGCCAAUCCGCUUCAGCAACAAAGCCAAAGAUGAUUGUGUAAUGGUUGUAGCGAGCCACCGGAACUCUACAAAACUGCGUGUUUCCUGUAAAACCAAGGGCAAAUCAUACUGGUGCGAUUACCUGGGCAAGCCAAACCUGUGCCGGAGCUACAGCAACAACCCACGCCACUAUUUCACCCAGAUCAUGUGGGAGCUGCGCAAAUUACAGAAUUCCUGCCAGAGCCAGCGCUCAUAUAAACCCCAAAUGUGCCGCUCUGCAACAGAUGAAGCACAGAUGGUAUUCCACACGUCCUGGCCCAAAAUUCAGAAACAGCCUGGUAAAGCUGGCCCUACGUCCAAGCCACUGAAGCCACAGCAGCCUGCAAAGGAAGGAUCCAAACAGAUUAAGAAUCCAGCUCUCAAACCUGUUCAACCUCAGAAACCUGUUAAAUCUACCACACAGAGACCAACAGAGACACCACUGGACUGGGCAGAUAAACUGGCAGAGGAGCACUGUUGGAAGAGUGUACAGGGAAUCUGUUCCUACUUCAUCAACUGGUUUCAGUGGUAAAGAGCUUUUAUACACAGAUCCAGUGCAGUGUAGGAGACUUUUGGAAUCAGCUGCAGAUUGCAAUAAUAUGACAACAAAAAGAAGACCAUGAAGAUGAUGCAGAAAUUGCUGUACUGCUAUGAUAUAUGAUCAACACCUGUUUAUAUAUCUGCAGUAAAUUGAUAUAAAAAUCUCUAAUAAAUUCAUACUUUAUUAUAUGGGAAAAGAAAAAUA